AUGACAUACCAGAUCUUGCACAGGAAGUGGCUGCUGCGGCCGUGGAUGUGGACGCUGAUGCCGCUCGAGCUCGCCGGCCUCGUGCCGCUCCUCGUCCUCUUCGGCAUCGCCCAGCCGGACCUGUACCGUACUAAGCUCUGGGAGGUCGGCUUUCACUACGGCUUCAACUCGAACCCACAGAUGAUUCUGUAUGCGUACGCCAACUACGAGCCGUAUCCCAAUGUCCCUUUUGUAUGGACACGAACCCUCACCGACUUCAACGUCGCCAUCUCCGUCAUCACCCUCUUUCUCCUCCUCGUCAAGCUCAUCGCCUUCAUCAUGAAGUUCUGGUUCCCCAUGCUCGCCGCGGGCCUCAACCUCGCCAUGGUCGCUCUCUACACCGUCUCCGUCUACGGCCAGAUGGGGCCUGACCACGCCGACCCGCGGUACCCCUCCAACGUCGCCUGGUACAUCGCCAAGUCGUGCGACUACGCCCGCCCGUUCCGCGCGUACAAGUCGUGCCAGCUCGCCAAGGGCACGUUCGCCGUCACGGUCUACAUGCUCGCGCUGUACGUGGCCAACCUGGCCAUCGCGCUGUACGUGUGCUGGCCGAAUGAAGGGGACAAGGCGGGCGCGGAAGACGACUACGGGAGCGACAGCGGGAGCGGGAGCUCGCCGUCGGACUACAUCAAAGAGGGGAGGGACUGGGAGAUGAGAGAUAUGAAGGGGCCCGCGAGUCCGAGGGUGAUGCCGUUCACGCCGCGGACGCAGGCCUUUCACACGCUGGACAGGAAGUUGCCGCUGAGGCAGCAGUAUAGUUGA